GUGUAUUUGUUGCAGAUGGCGACAGUUACUGUUAAAAAGGAAAAGGAGGAGGAUGAGGAUGAUAGAAGCCAGCAACCAGAUGCAGUGGAAGAUGAUUGCGGCCAACAAAGUUAUCUAAUCCCUGGCUACAACAUGAUCUUCAUCAAAGAGGGUCCAUAUGAUGAGCAAGAAGCUGGAGGAACUGCAGUGAACAGUGAACCAGAGAUGUGGCAUUCAAACUGCAGCACAUCUGGCCAAGACUACACAACAGAAGAGGGUGGACUGAAUGAGCAUGCCAUCUCUCCAAUGGAAAAGUGCACUGAGUCAUCUGUGGCUGGCAAAAAGACCAAGCUCCACAGCUGUGCUCACUGUAGCUAUAAAACACCAAUUCUGCUAAUUUGAAGAGACACAUUCGGAACACACUGGGGAAACACCGUUCAGCUGCGAGUUUUGUGACUACAAAACUGCUCGUUCUUGUCUUUUGAAAGAACAUAUAACAACACAUACUGGAGAAAAACCUUACAUCUGUGACUUUUGCGACUACAAAAGUGCUAAGUCAGAAGGUUUGAAGAGACAUAUCAGAACACAUACUGGAGAAAAACCUUUUAGCUGUGAGUUAUGUGACUUCAAAAGCU